AUGUUUUUACCAUUACUUGACUUGACUGCUGGUAGUGCAUUCUGUUCUCCAAGUGCUGCCUUCUUUGGAUAUAUGGGUGUGGCUUGUGCUUUGAUUUUCUCAAAUCUUGGAUCUGCUUAUGGUGCAGGUAAAGCUGGUGUUGGUGUUGCUCAUUUAGGUAUUUUAAAUCCUAAACUUGUUGUGAAGGGUUUAAUUCCAGUUAUUAUGUCUGGUAUUUUGGGUAUUUUUGGUUUAAUUGUUUCCAUUAUUAUUAGUAGUAAUGUUACAACAGGAAGUGGAUAUAGUAAUCAUAAGGGUUAUUCACAUCUUGCUUCUGGUUUGGCUGCUGGUCUAUCUUGUUUAGCAGCUGGUUUAGCUCUUGGAGUUGCUGGUGAUGCAGGUGUUAGAGCAUAUGGUAAACAACCAAAGAUAUUUGUAGGAUUGGUAUUAAUAUUAAUUUUUGGAGAAGCACUUGGAUUGUAUGGUUUAAUUGUUGCCUUAGUUACAUCUCUAUCUGAUAAUGGUCCAAAAUGUCUUCCACCUACUUAA